GCGACGAGGACACGCAUCCCCUAUUUGACGGGGUCUAAACUUCAUAUGUGGACUCCCCUCGCCUUCUCCUCACCUAGUUAUAAUCGCUUCUGUUUCAGUUCAGGAACAAGGAAGAAGCACCUUUAAGCUGUAACCCUAGUGGGAAGCAUAUGGCAAGGACGUUGUAAGUGGUUUUACUUUUACAAAAGCUUCCGUUUGUGCUUUCUUUUUUUUUUUUUUUUUCCUUGGUGGCGCGUGGAGGUAGCCGAAAGAAGAUGGGACAGACGUCGUCUAGUGCUGUAGAUACGUGUCACGGGGGCGGUGCUUUGGGGAUUUGGUAUACGGCAAUUGCUGGUGGUGAGUCGGUGGAGUUUGCGGAGAAAAUCGUUGAGGAGGGGGAUUACACUGACGGUAUUCCCGAUGAGUGUUUGGCUUACAUUUUCCAGUUCUUAGGUUCCGGCGAUCGGAAAAGAUGCUCGAUCGUUUGCAAGCGGUGGCUCCGAGUUGACGGCCAGAGCCGCCAAAGGCUGUCGCUCGACGCUAAGAGCGAGAUUCUAGCCUCGCUGCCUUCUCUUUUUACGCGCUUUGAUUCUGUCACUAAACUCUCUCUCCGAUGCGAGCGAAAGUCCAUCAGCUUAAACGACGACGCAUUGAUUCUGAUUUCCAUCCGUUGCCAAAACCUAACGCGCCUCAAGCUUCGUGGCUGCAGGGAAGUCACUGAUCUCGGAAUGGCAACCUUUGCUCAGAACUGCAAAACUUUGAAGAAGCUCUCUUGUGUCUCGUGUAUGUUCGGCGCCAAAGCCUUGAACGCUGUGCUCGAUCACUGCACGAUUCUCGAGGAGUUGUCUGUAAAUCGGCUCAGAGGAAUCCGUGAUGGAGCAAAGCCAAUCGGUCCGGGUGCUGCCACUUCGUCUUUAAAAUCAAUUUGCUUGAAGGAGCUUGUUAAUGGUCAGUCUUUUGAGCCACUAGUAAUCGGAUCGAAGAAACUCAAAACUUUGAAAAUAAUUCGCUGUUUGGGUUAUUGGGAUAAGGUACUUGAUAUGAUUGGAAAUGGAGAUGGAAACACUUCGCUAACCGAAAUUCACCUAGAAAGACUUCAAGUUAGCGAUAAGGGACUUUCCGCGAUAUCCAAAUGUCCAAAUAUUGAGAAUUUGCAUAUCGUGAAAACCCCAGAAUGCUCAAACUCGGGGCUUAUUUCGGUGGCCGAGCGUUGUAAGCUUUUAAGGAAGCUUCACAUUGAUGGAUGGAGGACUAAUACAAUUAAUGACGAGGGUUUGAUGGCUGUUGCCAAACACUGCCUUAAUUUGCAGGAACUCGUUUUGAUUGGUCUCAAUGCCACGCAUUUGAGCCUGGCGGCAAUUGCUUCUGGUUGUUCGAAAUUGGAAAGAUUGGCGCUGUGCGGGAGUGGAACGAUAGGCGACGCAGAGCUUGCCUGUAUUGCCGCGAAAUCCGUGGCACUGAAGAAGCUUUGUAUCAAGGGAUGUCCUAUUUCGGAUAUUGGGAUUGAGGCUCUUGCUUGGGGUUGUCCCAAUUUGGUCAAAGUUAAAGUCAGGAAAUGCAGGGCAGUGAGUGGUGAAGUUGUAGAGUGGUUGAGGGAUCGAAGGGGGUCCUUGGUUAUCAACAUGGAUGGUGGUGAGCUUGAUGGCCGGGAUGCUAGUGGUAGCGAUGGGGGAGUACAGGAAGGCGGGAUGGAGUAUCUUUCAUCAGUGAUUAGCCAAGCUUCCACAAGUGGGAAUGGCAGAGUAGCAAUGUUUAGGACGAAGUUUGGGUUUUUAGCUGGUAGGAGUUCAUUGGCAUGCACUCUCAGAAGGUGAUCCAACAUUGAUGAUGGUUACAAUGUCAACCUAUAAGUGAUGUUUCUCGUGAAUUGGUUAAAAAUUUCUGGCUUUCAUCUCGUAGUUCUUGUCGUCUUGUAUUUUAAUGGGAUGAACCACUAUUGAUUCAUGCCUGCUUUACAUCUCCAUUUUUUAUUUUUUUAUUUUAAUGAAGUUUGACUUCUGAAUGGAGGACGUAAGGGGCAUCCAUACUGAAAUACAUAUGACUUAUCUUGCUUAACUUUUUUUUUCCCCCUUGCCAGAACUCUCUAUCUUACUUUCCUCCUCUCUCUGAGUUUAGUAUUAUCUUGGAAUUGAA